UCCCCUUCAAACGUCAUUCAUCUUUCCUAUCUCUCUCUAUCUUUCUGAUUCAUUCUUGUCGCGAGUACGGACCUGAAAGGACGUGUCUGAAUAAAGUCGAGUUGUUGUGAAUCAUAAAUCGCGUCUCAUUUAUUCGUACUAAAACAUGGUGUCAGAAGUUUUCGCGGACAACUAGUGGAUUUCCGGCGUCAUCGGUAUAACGCGGAAGGUUCCUGUGAGGAGAUUCAACGUCGGGCGGCCAAAGAAUCAUACGCGGAAGUGAUCGGAAAAGUUGUGCUCUUUGUUGCGAACGUGUGCGAUCCUGUCCGGCGGCCAUAUUUCUUUGUGCGCGUCGUCGAUUUGUUGGAGAUUUCCUGGAAGUGAAGUGGAGAAGAAAAUUCGAGAAAAAUGGACGCUGAGCAGUUCAAGAUGUUUAUGAAGCAUCAGGAGAAGGCGCAGGCGGAGCUCAUUGCAUCGUUGCAAAAAAUGGUCGUGAAGCAGUCAACAACGCCGGCCGCUGGAAGUUCGGCGGGCCUCGCAUUGCCGCUUCCCCCUCCGCUGGAGCUGGCCGGAGACAUGGAGGAAAACUUUGAGUUUUUCAAGCAGAAUUGGAAGAACUACGCAUCCGCCGCUGGGAUGGAUGGUUGGCCGGACACGAUGAAGAAGCAGAAAACGAGCAUCCUUCUGUCAGUGAUCGGAAGUGCAGCGCGCCAAAAAUACUUCAACUUUGAGCUUACGGUGGCAGAGACGGAUGAUCCGGAACUUGCUCUGGCAGCGAUCAAGGAAAAGGUAGUGCGCAAACGGAACAAGUUCGUCGACUGGAUCAAUUUCUUUGGCCUUUCGCAAGAUCCGGACGAAAGCAUCGACGACUACCUGAGGAAGCUGAAGUUUCUGUCGAAGUCAUGCCAGUUCGGAGCUCUCGAGAAAGAAAUGCUGCGGUUCAAGAUCGUCACAUCGAACAAGUGGCCAAAUCUCCGGACCAGGAUGCUGGGCAUGCAGGACCUGAAGGAAGAUGUGGCCGUCGACAUGUGCCGCGCAGAGGAACUCGUUGUAACCUACGGCCAGGUCGUGGGCCGGACGUGUGAUGAUGUCAAGAAGAUCCGGAAGAAGAAGGAGUGCAAGUUCUGCGGCGAUUGGCACGAGUUUGAGAAAGGAGUCUGCCCUGCUUUUGGUAAGAGGUGUAACCGCUGUGGCCGGAAGAAUCAUUUUGAAAGAGCGUGCAAGUCGGACCGGCGAAAGCGAUCGAAGAGCAAGCGGAAAGUGCACAAGGUUCAUCGAGAUUCUCUAGAAGAUGAGGAAUCGGACAGCAACGAGUCGAGCAGCGGCAGCGAAGCAAGCGCAGUGAUCGGUAAGAUCGAAAAAUCGCCUGAACUUGGAGGCCACGUGACGGCGGAGCUGGAUUUCUACGUCGACGGUAAGUGGCAAUCAUCCCGCUGCAAUUUGGACACUGGUGCCAACACAAGUCUCGUGGGUUACACUUGGGUAACAACGAUGACCGGAUGUGCCAGACCGAAGCUACUACCGUCAGACUGCCGCCUGAAAAACUUCAGUGGAGCAGAGAUUCCUGUCCUCGGUGCGAUCGUUGUUCCCUGUCGACGCGAUGGUCGCAAAUACAAGCUUCUUCUCCAGGUAGUGAAUGGAUCGCACAUUCCAUUGCUAUCAGCGAGAGUGUGCAAGAUACUGAAGCUUGUGCAGUUUUGCGAUACUGUGUCUGAAUCUUCGUCCCAGUCGGAAGAGCCGGUGUUGGAGAUCAACCGAGUCUGUGCUUUACGCCUUGAUGGCCAAAGCGGAGAAACCGGACUGGAUCAACUGCAGCUGAUUCAAGAUCUGCCGUGUGUUUGUUGCCGAGCAAGAUGCUGGCACCCAGCGUAGCCGCGUAAGGAACCCAGGAGUUGAACGCCCCGUGUUCGAUUGAGCUGUGUGUUGAGCGAAACAGCAAGCUGGAGCUAUCGAGAGAGAAAAAUCUUUUAUUUAUUUUAUCAACCUUUUAAAAAUUUACAAUUUACUUUUUGUUAGGAAAGGGAGGAUGUUAUAUUAUGUAACGGUUUUUAUUAACAUCCCCGCGUCACGCAUUUCGUGGACGCUCCCCUUCAAACGUCAUUCAUCUUUCCUAUCUCUCUCUAUCUUUCUGAUUCAUUCUUGUCGCGAGUACGGACCUGAAAGGACGUGUCUGAAUAAAGUCGAGUUGUUGUGAAUCAUAAAUCGCGUCUCAUUUAUUCGUACUAAAACAAUUUGAU